AUGUCCAGCAGAUGCUUGCUCCAGCUCCUGGGCUUCUGGCUAUUGAUGAGCCAGCCUUGCAGGGCGCGAGUCUCCGAGGAGUGGAUGGACCGAGUCAUUCGGAUGUGCGGCCGUGAUUAUGCCCGUGAAUUUAUCGAAAUCUGCGGGGCCUCCGUGGGAAGAUUGGCUUUGAGCCAGGAGGAGCCAGCUCCACUUGCCAGGCAAGCCACUGAAGCGGUGCCGUCCUUCAUCAGCAAAGAUGCAGAGCCUUUCGAUAUGACGCUGAAAUGCCUUCCAAACUGGUCCGAGGAGCCGAAGGCAGUACUGCCUGAGGCGCGGGCAUCAUUCCCAGAGCUACAACACUCACCUGUGUUGAGCCAUUCUGUUAGCUUGGGAGGGUUUGAAAAAACUUUCCAUGACAAACUGGGUGAAGCCGAAGAGGACAGUCCUCCGGGCCUUGAAUACUUGCGCUCAGACACCCACGCACGGAAAAAGCGGGAGUCUGGUGGUUCACUGAGUCGGCAGUGCUGCCAUGUCGGCUGUACCAGAAGAUCGAUCGCUAAGUUCUGCUGA